UCCAGAUCAGACGAUCUCUGCUGUCCGGUCUGUCUGGAGAUAUUUAAGGAUCCGGUUCUUCUGUCAUGCAGCCACAGCUUCUGUAAGGAGUGUCUGCAGAAAUACUGGAGAGAGAAACCAGGAAGAGAGUGUCCAGUUUGUAAAAGGAGAUCUUCUAAAGAUCUUCCACCUUUUAAUCUGGCUCUGAAGAAUCUGUGUGAGAGUUUCUUACAGCAGAGAGAGCAGAGAGCUUCAGAGGAUCUCUGCAGUCUGCACUCUGAGAAACUCAAACUCUUCUGUCUGGACCAUCAGCAGCCAGUGUGUCUCGUCUGCAGAGAUUCAGAAAAACACACCAACCACAGAUUCAGACCCAUUGAUGAAGCUGCUCAGCAACACAAGAAGAAGCUUCAGGAAACUCUGAAACCUUUAAAGAAGAAGCUGAAGCUCAGGAAGAAAGUUCAGGAGGAGUUUGAUCAGACAGCAGAACACAUGAAGGUCCAGGCCCGACACACAGAGAGGCAGAUUAGGGAGCAGUUUAAGCAGCUUCAUCAGUUUCUAGCAGAGGAAGAGGAGGCCAGGCUGGCUGCACUGAGGGAGGAAGAGGAGCAGAAGAGAGGGAUGAUGGAGGAGAAGAUGGAGGCUCUGAGCAGAGAGAUAGCAGCUCUUUCAGACACAGUCAGAGCCACAGAGGAGGAGCUGAGAGCUGAAGACGUCUCAUUCCUGCACAACUACAAGGCUGCAGUGGAAAGAGUCCAGCGCUGCCCCCUGCUGGAGGAUCCACAGCUGCCCUCAGGAGCUCUGAUAGACCAGGCCAAACAUCUGGGCAACCUGGCCUUCAACAUCUGGAGCAACAUGCAGACCAUGGUGACCUACACUCCUCUGGUUCUGGACCCAAACACGGCUGGGUCAUUCCUCCAUCUGUCUGAAGAUCUGACCAGUUUGACUAGAGGAGAGAAACAGCAGCUUCCUGAUAAUCCAGAGAGAUUUGAUAAAUAUUACUGUUCUGUUCUGAGUUCUGAUGGUUUUAACUCAGGGAACCACAUCUGGGAUGUUGAUGUUGGACACAGUGAUGCCUGGAGACUCGGUGUGAUAGAAGAAUCUGUUGAGAGGAAAGGAAGCAUAAAGUCUGGAUGGUUGUUCAUAUGGUUCAAGGAAGGUAAAUACUCAGCAUGUUCUCCACCAGCUCCUUCCACUUUUCUCUCAGUCCAGAAGAAUCUCCAGAGGAUCAGAGUGAAUCUGGACUGGGACAGAGGAAAGCUGUCCUUCUCUGAUCUGGAUACUAACACACACAUACACACCUUCACACACACCUUCACUCACAAGAUGUUUCCAUUCUUCUCCACUAAUAAAACCUUAAAGAUGGAACCGAUGAAGAUCUCAGUGAUCAAGCAGCAGAUGGCUUCCAGAUCAGAAGCUCAUCUCUGCUGUCCGAUCUGUCUGGAGAUAUUUAAGGAUCCGGUUCUUCUGUCAUGCAGCCACAGCUUCUGUAAGGAGUGUCUGCAGAAACACUGGAGAAGAGGAACUGGUCGCUCAUGUCCAGUUUGUCGGAAAAGAUCAGCAUCAGAUGCUCCACCCUGUAAUCUGGCUCUGAAGAAUCUGUGUGAGAGUUUCUUACAGCAGAGAGAGCAGAGAGCUUCAGAGGAUCUCUGCAGUCUGCACUCUGAGAAACUCAAACUCUUCUGUCUGGACCAUCAGCAGCCAGUGUGUCUCGUCUGCAGAGAUUCAGAAAAACACACCAAUCACAGAUUCAGACCCAUUGAUGAAGCUGCUCAGCAACACAAGAAGAAGCUUCAGGAAACUCUGAAACCUUUAAAGAAGAAGCUGGAGCUCAGGAAGAAAGUUCAGGAGGAGUUUGAUCAGACAGCAGAACACAUGAAGGUCCAGGCCCGACACACAGAGAGGCAGAUUAGGGAGCAGUUUAAGCAGCUUCAUCAGUUUCUAGCAGAGGAAGAGGAGGCCAGGCUGGCUGCACUGAGGGAGGAAGAGGAGCAGAAGAGAGGGAUGAUGGAGGAGAAGAUGGAGGCUCUGAGCAGAGAGAUAGCAGCUCUUUCAGACACAGUCAGAGCCACAGAGGAGGAGCUGAGAGCUGAAGACGUCUCAUUCCUGCACAACUACAAGGCUGCAGUGGAAAGAGUCCAGCGCUGCCCCCUGCUGGAGGAUCCACAGCUGCCCUCAGGAGCUCUGAUAGACCAGGCCAAACAUCUGGGCAACCUGGCCUUCAACAUCUGGAGCAACAUGCAGACCAUGGUGACCUACACUCCUCUGGUUCUGGACCCAAACACGGCUGGGUCAUUCCUCCAUCUGUCUGAAGAUCUGACCAGUUUGACUAGAGGAGAGAAACAGCAGCUUCCUGAUAAUCCAGAGAGAUUUGAUAAAUAUUACUGUUCUGUUCUGAGUUCUGAUGGUUUUAACUCAGGGAACCACAGCUGGGAUGUUGAUGUUGGACACAGUGAUGCCUGGAGACUCGGUGUGAUAGAAGAAUCUGUUGAGAGGAAAGAAGGCAUAAUGUCUGGAUUGUUGGUUAUAUGGUUCUAUCAAGAUGAAUAUUAUGCACGUUCUCCACCAGCUCCUGCCACUUUUCUCUCAGUCCAGAAGAAUCUCCAGAGGAUCAGAGUGAAUCUGGACUGGGACAGAGGAAAGCUGUCCUUCUCUGAUCUGGAUACUAACACACACAUACACACCUUCACACACACCUUGACUCACAAGAUGUUUCCAUACUUCGACAGUAUUGAAAAAACCUUGAAGAUCGAACCGAUGAAGAUCUCAGUGAUCAAGCAGCUGCAUUAACCUUCAUGUCUGACUCUUUAGUCUGAGUUCAGCUCUGAUUCUAAAAUGACUCAGAGUGAGAG